AUGCAAGAGACUCGAAGACUCCUGGAGGCGGCUGCAGCUCUCUCCGCGCUUCUCAGAGAUGCUGGCAUUCCACAUGCUUUCUACGGAAGUGUUCUCACUGCUGUCCUCGCCAACUCUCCUUUUAGUGACGAGAUUUUCUGCAUAGUCGAAGGCGGCCAGAACCAAACCCACCCAUUCCGAAGGACCCGCGAUGCCGUGUCCGGGAGUGACGACUUCACCAUCACCCACUCUCCAUGGACAAAUAGGCUGCACGUCACAUACCGUCGUCCUAUUCCGGUAGUCGAAAUUGAGAUAUUACCUGCUGGAGAAACAGGACCCCGCCAUCUGGACACGUCAACCGUCAUGCAAAUGCAAAAUGUGCCUUUCCUGACCUUGUCAGAGUUCGUCCGAGCCAAACUGAAGACAUGGGUCAUCCGUGGUGCCGACAGCGAUGCGCAAGAUAUCUCCUACGUCCUCACCCGCUAUUGGAACCGCAUCGACAUAAAUCGCAUCACCGAGCAAGACAUGAACCACUUUGUCUCGCGCCAUCCAGCAAUCGCUCCCGCCUGGGUAUCGCUCCGACGAAAGUACGGCAUGUGA